UUUCGCGGGACUGGCUGGACGAAAUCGGAGAGGAGCUGAGCGUCGCCGGAGGCACUGUCUCCGAGAGAACAAUGACCGGAAUCUGUUACUGCCCACCGCUUCCCCCAUCUCUAUCCCCCAAGAUGGUAACCGCCAUACGAUGCUUCUCAAGCUCGCCGGAGAAUUCCAAUAGUAGCCGGAAGAAAGAGGCAUCUGCGAUUGUGAAAAUCGCUGUGAGUGGAGUCACAGAGCUUCUUAGGCUUUUCUCGUCUCCGAUCAGUAAGAGAGUUGAUGGAGUUGGGGACAAUCAGGGAGAGGAAUUUGUAGUUGCAGGCAUCGAUGAUGUUCUAAAUAUCCUGAAAUCAGAUUAUGAGAAUGCUUACUUUGUUACUGGGAUAUUCACUUCUGCCAUUUAUGCUGAUGAUUGUCUCUUUGAAGAUCCAACCAUCAGGUUUCGAGGUAAGGAGCUGUAUUCACGGAAUCUAAAGUUACUUGUUCCCUUUUUUGACUGUCCCUCAAUCCAGUUACAAACGAUCGAUAAGGGUAACAAAUCUGGAGUUGAAUUUGUGCUGGCAGCCUGGAAACUAAGGACAUACCUGAAACUUCCUUGGAGGCCACUCAUUUCUAUUGAUGGAAGUACUCUCUAUGAACUUGAUGAAGAGUUGAAAAUAGCAAGGCAUGCUGAGAGCUGGAGUGUUUCUGCACUUGAAGCAAUAACUCAGAUAUUCAUCCCUAGUUUUAAAGGAGACUGAGAAUUGUUUGCUAGGAUGAACACAAACUGCUCCAUUCAAUUGAUUUUAUGUUGUGUUUUAAAUAUUUAUGUAUAAACUUUAUUUUGAUAUAAUGUAAAUAUAAUGUAUGGUAUGUUUUAAA